UGUUGGAUCAUGCCCUCUGGCUUCAGAUUCAUUGAGCCUGGGCUAUCCGCGCUUCUUCUCCUAGACACCGCUUUGUUCAAACCAUCGAACGCGGCUAGUUGUGGAAAUGCCGCCGUCUGCGUGCUCCAAAGUGCUUCGGCUCUUGCAGUGGCAACCACAUCUGACACUGCUGCUGCAGUUAUCCUUUCUAGCCUUGGUCCAGGCGGCCAGAGAUUAUAACUGUAAGCUCUUGAAGACAAUGGACACGAUGCACAGUUCAGCGUCCAGCUGUUAUUGCUACAUUCCAAGUGGAGCGAUACACUUAAAAAAUAGUUGGUCAAGUAUUCAGGUGAAAAUCAAUAGCACUGAAAUGUUCAAGGUGGUGUUUAUCUCAGAGGAAACUAAUUGUCACAAUGAAGACACUCUAUUUGCCUUUUUAAAAUGCCUUUAUAGAAGUACUUGGCAAUCAGAAAUGUCUAAUGAAACCAUCCUAUCAGUGGACUAUUAUGGAGACAUAACGUGCUUCAGCGUCCUACCCACAAAUAAAGUAUCCUACACUGUGUCUGCACAACAAAACAUGUUGGAUAAGAAACUCCUUCUGUUGUUCGUAGCUGGUGGUCUUCUCUUUCAUUUUGCACCUAACUUAAGCAGAAGCACUGUGUUUUAUUAUUCGGCUGGCAUAGCACUUGGGGUUCUUGCCACUCUAGUCUUCCUCCUUCUGCUGCUUAAAAGAUUUAUUCCCAAGCUCAGCACCUUCUGGAUUUUGAUGAGUGGAUGCUGGUUCUCUUCUCUCUAUUUUUUUUACACUUUGAAAGAGGAUUUGAAAUGGUUCUGGGAUAAUAAUACACACUACGUUCUGGGGUAUGUGUUGAUUGUUGGAUUUCUUAGUUUUGCUAUUUGUUACAAGCACGGACCACUCAGCAGUGAGCAAAGCACGAAUCUCUUGAUGGGGACACUACAGUUUACAGGCUUGACCUUCGUUUACUUUGGCAUUGCCAUACCUCCGGUUGCUUAUGCUGUAAUAGCUGCCAUGCUGUGCUCCAAAAUCCUGCACUACCCACUUAGAGUGUUCUGCUGUGUUGGCAGAAAAGCGAAUCACUUCUUCCGGUCAAGAAAGGUAGAGGCUUGUCGUUAUCAGACUGAGGAUGAAUAUCGGGAGCAAGGUGAAGUGGAGACCAUAAAGGCCUUGGAGGAGCUUCGGACCUUCUGCCGGAGUCCUGACUUCCCCUCAUGGGUGGCGGUGGUUAAGCUCCAGAACCCUCAAAAAUUUGCAAACUUUGUUCUGGGGUCUUCUCACGUGUCACCAGAAGAAAUGAAUGCCCAUGAUGAACAGUAUGGCAUUGGAGGAGCUCUCUUUGAGCGGCAGCUUUUUAACGUCGAGACAGAAUCUGAACAGGACCAGCAAACUGUUCUCUUUCAAGACGAGGAGAACAACCCAGUGGAGGAACAAGCAGAGCAACAAAAUAUUUUGCACUUUCACAGCAGAGAGUUCCUUUGAAGCCCCCCGCCAAGACAAGGCAGGGAAAAUGCAAAGCAUGGUAGGAGAAGUUUGUGCAGAACAGAGCUGGAAAACUUUUCCUUUUGAACUGUAGGGGGCAACCAAGACUUUCUGCAGGUCUCAUUCCUACAGAACUGGUUUUCCAGUCCCUGGGCAGCCAUGUGAAGAUUUCAGGGAUGUUUUGAGAGAAGGCCUGUGCUCCCCAAAAGUACUGUUCAACCAACCAUUGUACAAAGUGAAGGUUUUGGGUUUGUCUUCUGAACAGGCGGCUUCCAGGGAAAACCUGCCUCACUUACAUGGAGGACCACUUCACAUGAAUGUCAGGUUGUCUGAUCAGAUUCUGCUUCAGCUGAAAAAACCAUCAGAGGUUAGCCACUCCACAGCCAUUUGCACUACCUCUUUGAAAUGAAUUGUUCUAUUCUAAAGGUGAAAGCAAAUCCAAGGUUUUCCUAGAACAUGGCUUGCAUGAAGCUGGAAGGUCAGGAGAAUCUGCUGUGGUUGAUGAUCAUUCUCCCUGGAUGUCCUUUAUAAGUCAGCAAGUUUCUAUUACCAAGAUGGGGAUUAUUACUAAUCCCCAUCUUGCAAAGUCAAACUCUUGUUCUUCUGUUUACCAUUACUUUUGAAUACAGGAUUCUCUUUCUCUUGCCCCCCCUAAAGGCACUGUAUCAUAAGACUGUAUUUUGAAGGACUCUAGAAUUCUACCUUAGAAAUCCCAAGUUCAGCAGCUUAAUAAUACAGAUCAGGAGUAUCUAUAUGUUUGCUUGUAUCUGCAUGUUUUGUUAUAGCUGCAAAAACGUAGUCCUCUUCUCAUCAGGAUUCUUUUGUGACAAAGGACUGGGAUAAGGAAUUUGGGAGGUGGUGGUGAAGAGGACCAUGCAGAGGCAACUUUGAGUUCAGAAACCCCACCUCCGGAGAACAGGAAGCUCAUCUGGUGGACCCUCGCUAGUUCUCACAGCACAGUAUGCCAAGGAGUGCCUGCUCUGUGGUGUUGACUUGCCUUCAGGUUGGGCUAGGACCGUCUAACUCAUGAUGCCCAGACGGAGUCUAGGAUACAGAGGGCUGCUUCUUUCCUCUCCAGAUGUUAAAAUUCUUACUUGAUUGGUCUUCAGCAUGGGGAUAAAUGCUUAACACAGUAGUUCUCAAACUUGAGUCCCCAGAUGUUGCUGGACUAUGCCUCUCAGCAUCAGCCAGUGGCAAAGGAUAAUGGGAGUUGUAGUCCAACAACAGGUGGGGGCUCAGGUUUGAGGAUCCCUGGCUUAAAAUAUGCUCAGCUGCUAAACCUUUCAGACUGGUUUUAAUUGUGUAAUGCAGUGGUUCCCAACCUGGGUUCCUCCAGAUGUUGCCGAACUACAAAUCCCAGCAUCCCCAGCCAUAAUAAACUGUAGCUGGGGAUGCUGGUAGUAGUUCAGCAACAUCUGGAGGGUUGGGAAUCACUGGUGUAAUGUGUAGAUUUUAGAGUAAUGAUGGGUUUUAUCCAUAUUCUCUCAGCUACUUUUGUAGAAAGGCAAGGUACAAAUGUUUUAAAUAAUCUAAACUAGGCCUGAGCAACUUGUGACUUUCCAAGUCAAAUUCAGCCUCCCAGCUAUUCGUGAAAGCCCACUUGGAUCUCAGUAAGCCUUCUGCUUUUUUUCCUGGCCUAGGACAGAAAAGGUAGGCCACAGACUGUAACUUCUUGGAUAUGACUUGGUGGGCCACAGGUUGUCUUGGUUUGCCUUAAAACUUUAGUUAAGACUGUAUGCAUCCUUUGAUUUCCAUGGCAGUGCAGGAUUUGGUACUGAGCACAAGAUCUGGCAUCUUGAGAAUCCCCCCUGUUAGAACCGUCUCAAUAGCCAUUCCACCUGGCUGCCUCAAAGGCAAGACAGCAAGGCGCUCUCCAGUAGGGAUGUGGACAGAAUCAUGCAGGGUGGCUCGAUGGUGGAGGGAGAG